AUGGACUGUUUCCUCUCGAGUGGCGCCUGUUCCUACUCGACCAAUCCGUUCUGGAAUCUCGAAUCUCGAAUCGCGACGGACGCGACUGCCCGCAACCAUGGAAAAGGAGCAACAGCAGCCCCUCAGGAUGUGCUGCCUUCUCCCUCGCAGAUCGCUCAAUCAUUGAACAACCUACACAAGCAGCUUCCUCCUCGCGGACUUGGGGUCGAAGCCGCCAAACAGCAUUUGUAUGAAGACGUUGCUCCUGCUCUCAAUGGGAACAGCCAAUCCUCCCGCUACUAUGGCUNNUUUGUGACUGGAGGCGCAACUCCUGCUGCCAUCUUCGCCGACAAUAUGGUCACCGAGUACGACCAGAACGUUCAAGUACAUCUACCCGAGGAGACCGUAGCCACAGACGUCGAGGCCGCUGCCUUGGACAUGGUGUGUGAACUGGUUCGUCUAGAUUCGACAGUAUGGAAGCACAGGACCUUCACCACAGGCGCUACGGCAUCCAAUAUACUCGGCCUUGCUUGUGCUCGUGAGCAUAUCGUCAAGACUGCCGCAGCUCGACGCGGUGUCACGGCAGAUGUUUCAUCCCAAGGUCUUUUCGCUGCCAUGCGAGCUGCUGGUAUUGACGAAGUUCGUGUUCUGACUACCACACCUCAUAGCUCACUCAAGAAAGCGGCGUCUAUUCUUGGUCUUGGACAUGAUAGUGUGAAGACUAUGUGCGAAGAUGAGGUGAAUAACCCUUACACAUUUGCUAUGGCACAGCUCGAAGAGGUACUACAGACGGCAGGCAGAAACAUAGCUACGAUCAUCUCAGUAUCUUGCUCUGAAGUCAACAGCGGCCUCUUCGCUACCGACCAGAACCUUAUGCGUCGCCUCCGUACCCUGGCUACUCGACACGGUGCCUGGCUGCACGUGGAUGCAGCAUUUGGUCUACUUGCUAGGAUCCUUCCAUCCGCACCAGAGUACGAGUAUCUGAAGGAAGGUGCAGGUGGGCUUCAUCUCGCAGACUCAAUAGCUGCCGAUGCACACAAGCUACUUAAUGUUCCCUACGACUGCGGCAUUUUCUUCUCCAAACGCCUGGAAAAUGCUACAGCUGUAUUCCAAAACCCAGGCGCGCCAUACUUGAAUGCCUCUAAUGGUGCCGUACCUUCACCGCUCAACAUUGGCAUUGAGAACUCGAGACGGUUCAGAGCUCUGCCCGUGUAUGCAAAUCUGGUUGCUUACGGACGAGAAGGAUUUGUCGAAAUGCUCGAACGUCAGAUUGAACUCGCUCGUCAAAUCGCCGCCUACGUUGAUGCAAGUGAUGCCUACAAACUUCUUCCCUCUAAGUGCCACGAAGAUGGCUUCAACGAGCAGAAUAUCUUUAUCAUUGUCUUGUUCAAAGCAAUCAAUGCAGACCUGAACAAGACGCUGGUGAAANAGAUCAACACCACAAGAAAAAUCUACGUGUCAGGAACCACUUGGCAGGGUGAAUCAGCAUGCAGGUUCGCCAUUUCGAACUGGAGAUCCAGCGUCCAGCAAGACUUUAGAGUCAUCAAGGAGGUGUUGGACGAUGUUGCUGCCAGCUCUCUCAAUGGGAUUGCUUGGUCAGCGGUGAUGAGGGUGGUUUGA